GUUGAAAGCGGGACUUCUAAGUUUCUUGUGUUGUGUUAACUCCACAGUUUUAUUUGAUGCGUAAACGAGUGCAUAUUGAUGUAGUUCCAAAGACUCCGGAAGGAGGACAUAUAGACUUUCGACAAAUUUCUGCAGAGGAAAUUGAGUUUGACUCAGAAAUAACAAUAAAGUCGUCACUGCUGCGCGAAUGUAAACCAGGCAAUGUUUGGUUUGAGGAAGGUGAUUCAGAUGAUGACGAUAAAAAGCCAAAAUUCGUUGCUCGUAAAUCUAUGGAUCUUCGUAAAAUACGUUCAGAAAAAGAUAGGUUCCAAGCUAUCUGCUCUAGUCCUAUGGUGGACUCUCGACCUCGAAGGCUAAGUUAUUCAAAGUCCUUUAGUGAAGGUGUGUUAGAUCCCAGUAACUCCAAAACUCCACUGCGUUUGCCUAAAUACGAUGAUCUUGUCUCAUCAGCAUCUCGUCGCCUCUCCCGCAUAAUAAUCAAUCGUCGAUUCUCUUUGUUGGAAACAAACCACAACGACCCAUCUGUUGGGGGUUCACAGUUAAAAACCACAACACCUAUUACAAAGUACGAGAAACAAAGAGUUAAGAAAAAAUGUUCGUCUGCUUCAGAAGAAAAAGAGAAUAUCAAACCAUCAAAUAACAAUAUCGUAACAGCUACUCCUGUAUCAAAAGAAGUUUUUGAUGAUGUUUCAAACUCUUCCGCCCAUGAUCCAUGCUCUGUCUCUGAAUUUCGUGUGCUUGCGGACAUGGAAACAGCGCGACUACUUGCGUUAUGCGGAGAUUGGAAUUGUGUUCUAUCCGAGGAAUGUGAUAAUAUCCCAGAAAAAGCACUUGACUCAAUCAGGGCAACUGUUGGAAAAUGUCAAUUAUUGUUGCAGAAAAAGUUGCCAUUUUUCAAAAGCCUUAUUGAAAUGGCAGAAACAAGCCUUGGAAAAUCUGACACACUGCCGAAUAGUGCAACAGCACCAGAAGCCACUAUAAAUGAUCUCUUAGGUUAUUGGACCUUAGUAGCUGAUGAAAUCAGUUUAUCCGAUAGUGCUUUCGAACGUCUACGUGUUUGGCGUGAUGAGUUACAUUGGUCAAUUGAUCAGUGUCCUGUUACCCCAGCCAGGUCACAAAUUGUUAAACGACGUGGUCGUCUAUCUAAACAAAUAAAACGCUUACCAACUCCAAAGAGUAAUAAAUCCAGAAAGUCUCAAUCUGUCAGUGAUGAAGUUUUAAAUACGGAUAGUGUAAAUCCCUCUCUUUCAAAAAAGCUAGGUUCAACUGUUAAAGCAACCAAGGAUGUACAGAAAAAACCGGCGAAGUCUAGAUUUGCUGAAUUUCUGCGAGCUAAAAAGGCACUAACAGUGGAAGCGACAUCUACUGAUCAUGGUCAACAUCAAUCUUAUCACCAAAGUGAAAAUAUUGUUGAUACACUCUCACCUCUUGGUUUACAUCCAGUUGAUAGGAAUUUCACUAUUCAAAAAUAAUAGAGAAGUAAAAAAUUAACGUAUAUUUUUAUUUUGACUGAAUUGUACAAACAAUUACUACUUAUUUUACAGUUGUUAGUCAUGAUUGUUCACGGAUUGACUGACAUUUUCGUAAACCAAAAAUCUGUCCCUCUAUCUCUCGCUUUCUCUUCCCACCAGUUUAUUGUUUUCUUACUAAACGUUUAUUCUCUGCUUUUGCCUCGUUGUCAUUUAUGUUGUUUUUAGUAAUUAUUGUUACCAUUAUCGUCAUUAUUCUUAUUAUCAUUACUGCUUAUUGUUCAUCAAUACUGUGUUUUAUGGUUUGAGAAAAAUCAGAUGCGUUAAUAUCAUUAAUAUAAAAACGUACGAUGAAAUAUACUUUACUAUUAUGUCA